AAGGGAAACCAUGUCGGGGACGAAAGCGAAGUGAUGGAUGUAUCUCCCGCAGAGGAUGCACUGACGUCUGGUGGUGGCCGGGAAAGCAUGCAAAAACACGCGGUUUCCCCUCCCCCUCCGUCAACCACCCCCUCUCCCUCUACCACUACGCCUCCUGUCCGUGUGUGUAUGUGCCUGGCUCCCCAAGAUCUUUUACUUGACUGAUCAGAUCUGAACACGACCGUCCCGCCUCGCCCGCGCCCGCACCAGUGCCAUACACUCGCUUGAAAGGAGAACGGAGCCCCCUGAGACGUGGAAACAGCAAAAGACCCAACCACACCUUUCCUGACCACUUCCUCCCCUCUCUCUUCUCCCUCUAUCCCACCCGGCUCAGCCUUUUUUUGCGGUAUCGGACCCCACAACCACCACCCCCAGUCGACGCAAAAAUGAAGUUCUCUACGAGCCUCAACGUGGUCGCCGCCUCGGUGGCCGCCUUCGCCGGCGUCGCUGCCGCGCAGGACUGCGUCGCCACGGCCCUCAAGGUCAUCCCGCAGUGCGCCCAGGCGUGCUUCAUAAAGGGGGCCCCGUCCAUUGGCUGCGCCGGCACCGACUUUCAGUGCCAGUGCAAGUCGCAGCCCAAGCUCAUGGCGGCCGUCGAGGGCUGCGUGCAGACGGCGUGCCCCACGUCGUCUUACCAGGCCGUCAUCGACGGUGGUGCCCAAGUCUGCGGGUGCGCCGCGGGUCUCUCCGCCGCCACCGCCCAGGGCAGCAACACGGCCACGGGCACUGUCGCGCCGACAAACACCGUCCUCCCGACCAAGCCCACCACCACCAAGCCCACGACCGUCCCCACGGCGGCCGCCAACAGGCCGUCGGUCGGCAUGGCCAAGGAGAUGGGCAUCCUGGCCGGCGUCUUUGGCACCACUCUCUUCGCCGCCCUUGCCCUAUAGACGGGGUUGGCUAGCGAGGACCAAGUCGCCCCGAAACUUGCGACCGACCUGUCGCAGCGCGUUGCUGGCGCGCAACAGCAGCGACGCUGUCGACCGAGGUCAUGCUGCCUGGGGCCUCAUCCCAGCCUUGCCUUGUUUCGGCUAACCAUGGUGGCGGUUAUCUGUUUCCGAGGGGCGACUUGGGCGUCUUUUGAGUUUCCUUCUUAUUUCUUACCCCCUUUCUUGUGAUAUCCUUCUUUUUACUGCUUGCAGCUGUACGGCCGUCCCUGCUGGCACAUUUUCCUUUCUCCCUUUCCCUUUCUUCUCUGGACGAGUCUGUGGCAACUCGAAAAGUGCCACACCCCCCCCCCCCCCCCCC